AUGAGGGAACCCUUCGACGCUACGUCCUCUAUGAGGGAAGAGUACGCCCAGAAUGGCCUGCCCCCGCCCGACGAAGAUGACGCCCGGGACCAGUGCCUGCGAGCGAGCAUGGCUGCCCCCGACUUGGCCACCGUCAAAGUCUUCCUACGGUUCUACGCCUCCACCAGCCAGCCACUGUUCGACGCCGUCAGUCCGACCACCGACUCGCUGCAGACAAUAGCUGAAUGGUUUUUUGCCGGCUUCACCAAUGUCACAGGGACCGAAAUUGAGAAUAAGGAAAGGAGCGAGUUGUACUACGUACGAGUAAGCUCCGAAUUAUAA